AUGUCGCAUUCGUCCGGCGUCGACGCCGCCUUCGCCGAUCGCUUCCGCCACGCGCUCAGCUGCAACAACGACACCAGCAACAUUAACAAGCCCGACUUCCGAGAACUCGAUCUGGGCUCCCCGGUCUCGCCAUUGCGCACCACGCGCGCCCCCGCCGCGAGUACCAGCUCAAGCUCAUCUGGGUCCUUCUCGGGUCGAACCGGGCCCAACCCGGUUCCCCGAAAGCCCGAAUCUUCACACACCAAUAGUAACACAAAUAACAACAGCAACAACAACAACUCCGGCGAGCUUUCUGGUUCGAGUGAGAACAGCCCCACCGCGCGUGGGUUCAAACCGGGUCACACGAGAUCCGACUCCGGAUCUGCGCCGGCGCCGCUGAUAUAUUCUGGCCAGACUGCCACUUCUCCGGCGAUGAAUGUUCUCCCCACCGGGAACAUCUGCCCCUCCGGGAAGAUCUUGAAGACGGGGAUGGGGAUGGUGGCGAAUCGGAGUAGUAGAAGCGAUGUUUUGGGGUCCGGCAUGGGGAACUACGGCCACGGGAGCAUAAUGCGCGGCAGUGGGAAGGCGGAGCCGGUGAUCUCUCGCGGUGGCGGCGGCAAUGAGACAGUGAAGAGAGGUGGGCACGUGCAGAGUGUGGAUCCGGAGGAGUUGAAGAGAUUGGGGAAUGAGUUUUAUAAAAGAGGGAACUUUGCUGAUGCGUUGAGUCUUUAUGAUCGCGCGAUUGCGAUAUCGCCGGCUAGUGUCGCUUACCGGAGCAACCGCGCGGCGGCGCUGACCGGGCUCGGACGGUUGGGUGAGGCUGUGAGGGAAUGUGAGGAGGCUGUGAGGUUGGACCCUAAUUAUGGAAGGGCUCAUCAGCGUUUGGCUUCUCUUUUCCUCAGGUUAGGACAAGUUGAUAAUGCUAGGAAGCACCUUGGUUACCAUGGGAUGCAGCCAGAUCCAUCUGAGACGCAGAGGUUGCAAGUGGUGGAAAAACAUAUCAGCAAAUGUGGGGAUGUACGGAGAAUAGGGGAUUGGAAGAGUGUUCUCAGGGAGGUUGAUGCUGCUGUUUCUGCUGGAGCGGAUUCUUCACCUCAGCUCUUUAUGUGUAGAGCAGAAGCGUUUUUGAAGCUCCACCAGAUUGAUGAUGCAGAAUCAGUUUUGUUGCAUAUUCCUAAAUCAGAGUUGCACACUAGUUCCUCUUCUCAGGCAAGAUUUUUUGGGAUGCUUUCUGAGGCCUAUUCCUAUUUUGUCAGAGCACAGAUUGAGAUGGCAUUGGGAAGGUUCGAGAAUGCAGUUACAGCUGCUGAGAAAGGCAGUCAGAUUGAUCCUCGGAAUGUUGAAGCUGCUGUUUUGCUCAACAAUGUGAGGAUGGUGGCAAGGGCCCGAGUGCGCGGAAAUGAUCUUUUUAAAUCUGAAAGGUACACUGAAGCUUGCUCUGCGUAUGGGGAAGGUUUGAGACUGGACCCUUCGAAUUCUGUUCUAUAUUGCAACAGAGCAGCUUGUUGGUUUAAGCUUGGGCAAUGGGAAAGAUCAAUUGAAGACUCCAACCAAGCUUUACAUAUCCAACCAAAUUACACCAAGGCCCUUCUUCGAAGGGCUGCAUCAAACAGCAAGCUAGAGAGGUGGGAGGAAGCCGUCAAAGACUAUGAGGUCUUGCGGAGAGAACUUCCAAAUGAUAAUGAAGUUGCUGAAUCGCUUUUCCAUGCACAAGUUGCCCUAAAGAAAUCACGCGGUGAAGAAGUAUAUAAUUUAAAAUUUGGUGGCGAAGUGGAAGAAGUAUCAGGUCUUGAGCAGUUUAGAGCUGCAAUAUCUUUACCAGGUGUAUCUGUUGUCCAUUUUGAAGUUGCAUCUAACUCACAAUGCAAACAUAUAUCACCAUUUGUGGACACACUAUGUGGUCGAUAUCCAUCUAUUAACUUCCUCAAGGUGGAUAUUCAAGAAAACCCAACAGUUGCAACUGCAGAGAACGUUAGGAUUGUACCAACCUUCAAGAUAUACAAAAAUGGCAGCCGAGUGAAGGAAAUUGUAUGCCCUAGUCGUGACAUGUUGGAACACUCUGUGAGGCAUUACAGCUUUUAG